AUGUAUAGCGACACGUGCGCUGGGCAAAAUAGAAACCAAUUUAUCACGGCAUUUUUGGUUCAUUUGAUUCAAAGGAUGGAUGGGCAGCUGGAAGUUAUUGAGCAAAAAUAUUUAGAGAGUGGUCACACUCAUAUGGAAGUGGACUCCAUGCAUAGUGCAAUAGAAAGACAGCAAAGACAUACGCCUGUUUAUUCCAUGAUUGACUGGAAGUCGAUCAUGGAACGUGCUCACUCUAAAAGAAACAGGGAUUCAGCACCACCUUAUACAGUUAAAGAAUUAAAAUACACGGAAAUGGUUGAUGUAAGAGCUCUUAAUGAAAAAAAUAGCAAAAAAAUACAAGCAGAGAUAAAGAAAGCAAUAAAAUUACAUGGCUGA